CUGAGUGCCUGAACUUGCCUUUUGAUUUUACUUCAUCCUCUAAGGAGUUCAAUAACUUGGCAUGCCUACUUCACUUAUUUUAAGAGAAAGAGAGGUGCCCAGGCAACAUGGGUGACUGGAGUGCCUUAGGCAAACUCCUUGACAAGGUUCAAGCCUAUUGCACCACUGGAGGGAAGGUGUGGCUCUCCAUCCUUUUCAUUUUCCAAAUCCUACUGCUGGGGACAGCAGUUGAGUCAGCCUGUGGGUAUGAGCAGUUGGCCUUUCACUGUAACACUCAGCAACCUGGUUGUGAGAACAUCUGCUAUGACAAGUCAUUCCCCAUCUCUCACGUGCACUUCUGGGUUCUGCAGAUCAUCUUCGUGUCUGUCCCCACACUCCUGUACCUAGAUCAUGUGUUCUACGUGAUGCAGAAGGAAGAGAAACUGGGGGAGGAGGAACUUAAAGUUGCCCAAACUGAUGGUAUGAAUGUGGAGAUACACUUGAAGCAGAUCAAAAUCAAGAAGUUCAAGUACGGUAUCGAGGAGCACGGCAAGGUGAAGAUGCGAGGGGGCUUGCUGAGAACCUACAUCAUCAGCAUCCUCUCCAAGUCCUUCUUCGAGGUGGCCUUCCUGCUGAUCCAGUGGUACAUCUACGGAUUCAGCUUGAGAGCCAUUUACACUUGCAAAAGAGAUCCCUGUCCCCAUCAGGUGCACUGCUUCCUCUCUCGUCCCACGGAAAAAACCGUCUUCCUCAUCUUCAUGCUGAUCGUGUCUUUGGUGUCACUUGCCUUGAACAUUAUCAGACUCUUCUACGUCUUCCUCAAGGGUGUUAAGGAUCGUGUGAAGGGGAAGAGCGACUCUUACCACGCUACCACCGACCCGCUGAGCCCCUCCAAAGACUGUGGAUCUCCCAAAUAUGCUUAUUUCAAUGGCUGCUCCUCACCAACUGCUCCUCUCUCACCCAUGUCUCCUCCGGGCUACAAGCUGGUUACUGGAGACAGAAACAACUCUUUGUGCCACAAUUACAACAAGCAAGCAAGUGAGCAAAACUGGGCUAAUUAUAGUGCAGAACAAAAUCGAAUGGGGCAGGCAGCAAGCACCAUCUCUAACUCCCAUGCACAGCCUUUUGACUUCCCUGAUGACAACCAGAAUUCUAAAAAACUGGCUGCUGGGCAUGAACUACAACCACUAGCCAUUGUGGACCAGUGGCCUUCCAGCAGAGCCAGCAGCUGCGCCAGGAGCCAACCUCUGCGUGAUGACCUGGAGAUCUAG